CACAUGUAAGCAGCUAGCCUGCUAGCGCUGUUGUAGUAACAGUUGGCCACCUCCUCGGACUCCUCUUCGCCAUUUAUAAACCCUAUCCAUUUACAAUAAUCAAUAAGAGUCAUCUCUACGGCUCUAAGUUGGUUCUCACAAGCGAGGGGGCUCCCCCCUUUUUUUUUUUUUUUGUUUUUGUUUUGUUUUGUUUUGUUUUUUAAUCAUCUGCACCCCCCUACAUGAGUCAUUGUUGAUCACAGAACCAUGAAGGUGAACAAACCCACGCAGGUGAAGGGCCAGGCUAAAUCUCAGAAGUGGAAGGAUGUGAGGGGCAAACGGUGCAGGCCUCCCAUCACUCCCUCACAGCUCAACUCCAGCCCUGUCAUGGCCAGGGCGGCGAAGGAGCACCAGGCGACUGUGAAGAAAAAACCCAGCGUCAAGAGGCUGAAGAAAAAGGCCAAGGCUGUGUCUGACUCCAAGAAAAACCCUCCUCAGUCUGGAGCGAAGAAAUCCCACACACAGGCGAAUGGAGGUUCAGUGUUUACGAUAGACAACGAGUCAAACGACUCACAGGACUGGAAGGAGUAUUCCCAGUCCAUCCACAGGAAUGGCACGGAGACCUCGGGUGAGGUGGAAGACGCCAGGCCGGAUAGACUGGAGGGACAGUCUCUGCAUCACUGUGCGGAGAGAGACGAUCGACAGAAUCACGCCGUACUUGUCAUGCAGAAGAAUCAGACCCUGUGUUUCCGCGGGAAGUGCUUUUUGACCUGUCUGUACGGUCGGGUAGAAGUGAUGGGAUUCACCAUUGAAGAAGGCCAGGAGUCAUAUCCGCUCUUCUCCCCAGCCUCACACUGUCCCCUGACCAUCAGAGCACUGGAUAGCUCUGGUCACACCAGAGAUGACAAAACUGAGGCUGCGUCCAUCCUCCGAAAGUAUCUGUCCGCAGCGUCACGGAAAAGGUUGCUAAAAAAGAUUACGCCAAACUCAUCCGUCAUCCUACUGGAGCCCAUGGAGACGCCUCUGACACGGUUUCUGUCGAGCUUUGCAGAUCUCAGUGAAUUGUUCAGCCCCCCGAUGAGUGAACUCAUGUCGGCUGUUCUUGACACUCCUCUGAAUGGUUUGGGUAUGAUUCCCCUGGUCAGCACCAUCCACGGCCUGAAUAUGUCACAGAGCUAUAGAGAUGCUCUCAACGCGAUGGUCAGCGCCUGCAGAGGUGACAUGGAUGGUUGUGCAGUUAUCUUUGUAUGUGGCACCAAGAAUGUGGGCAAGUCAACAUUUAUCCGCACCCUCAUCAAUACCUUACUAAAUCACACAACUAGCGUAGAUUAUUUGGAAGGUGACCUCGGUCAAACGGAGUUCACUCCUGCUGGUUGCCUGUCUUUGUCGACUGUCAGAGAACCACUUCUAGGUCCUCCUUUCACACAUCAGUGCACACCAGAGCACAUGAUCUACUACGGUCAGUCGUCAUGCGAGGCGGACUUAGAGCGCUACCUGGAAUCCCUUAAGUCCCUGUGGCGUAGACGCUCCCAGAGCAGAGAGACUCCCGUCAUUAUCAACACCAUGGGAUGGGUCAAAGGGUUUGGAUUUAAGCUGCUAGUGGACAUGAUCCGCUUCUUCCCGGUCUCACAUGUGGUCCAGCUCGGUCACAGCGGCAUCACCCAGUGUCCCGCCCUCACUCCAGAGUUUCUGAGGACAGCACACGGCUGCCAGACGCACCCACCCGCCCAGACCGCUCUGGACGAGUUUACAGAGAGCCACAGUCCCCCCAGAAGUUACACUCACCUUAUUGUACAAUCAGAGUUUCAAGGAGUGGGUCGCCAGGGAACAGCGAAAUACCAGCGCACUAAUGAGCACAGGGAGCUGUCACUGCUGGCCUACCUGAGUCAGCUGCAGUCUGCUGACCCUGGACCAGUUAGACCUCUACACAGCCUCACCCCGUACCAGGUGCCUCACACAGCGGUGGCUUUAGGUGUGAUCCAUUGCGAGGUAGUGCCCAGUCACAUGUUUUAUGCCGCCAAUGCCAGUCUGGUGGGACUCUGCUGCCUGUCAGAGAAAGUAACAAGUAGGGGGGGCCCAGUCAUGCUGUCGCAGGCUCCCAUCUGCCCAUGUGUGGGCUUCGGUGUUCUUCGAGGUGUUGACAUGGCGCGAGGUUUGUACUUUUUGCUGACGCCUGUAGAUCCCUCCAUCCUUCGUAAGGUCAACUGUCUCCUCUUGGGAGCGAUAUCGCUGCCUUCCUGCAUCCUCACAACACAGCCUGCCUCUGAGGGAGAGAUACCCUAUGUUACCACAGACUACAGUUUUGAUCUCACUGGUGCAGGAAAGUUGCGAGUCUUCAAGGGACUGACGAGACCCAGCCAAAUUGGGAUGUAAUGACAUUUUCUACACAGCAUCGGUUUAUUGCCCUUUACUCUUCUUGACUGGUGUCUCACACCAAACCAAGUCAACAUUGGCCUUUUGAAUGUACAGAACUGAGGUUGAGCCGGACAGUUUUUAUGUAUCUCAGUUUCAGUCUGACACAGCUGCCAGUAUCAGACUCUGCAGGAGGAGAUUGCUGCCUCCCUGUUACUGGACUUCCUCGCUGAAAACCCCGGGUGUUCUCACCAUGUCUUACAACCUCCUACUGUACUUACAUUUGAUGGCGCUGUGAAGGAAUUCUGAGUUUCUGUGUUUUCUGUCACAUGGACGAUAAUAUUACACUUUGUAGUUCAAGCUGUUCUUUGUAGGUGGCAUUCAAAAGCUGCAAAUGAAUACAAAAACCUGCCAGAUAUUAAAUGAAAAACAACUUUUGUUCA